UUUUUUUUUUUUUCUUUUAAAUGUCACAAAAAGUCCAGGUACCAUAUGUCGAUGACGAGGAUUCCUCUGGUGAUGAAGGGCUUACUUGGAGAGACACUUCGUUAGCACAAGGCAUUGCAACAGCUCAACGUCAACCCGUCAGAACGUUUGGUACUCCACCUAGUAGCACUACACCUUUGGUAUCGACGACAACAUCACCACAACGACCUACUUUCCAAGAUGUAUCCACAGGUUCUGAUUACGUUCACCGUAAUCCUGACAAUUACUGGGUUUUACCCGCUCACUGCAAUCCCAGAGACAUUUUAGGAAACAGAUACAAGUCGCGAUCCAACGAAAUUCAAAAGGCAACCGGUUCAUUCAUUGAAUUCAACGAGAGAUUAAACCAAAUUGACAUUUGGGGUGACAAUGAAGCUGUAGACAAAGCAAAGUCUUAUUUGGACAUGAUUGUCUCUCGUAUUUCCGAAAAGGAUACCAGCCUUCAACGUAAAACUCAAAAGUGGGGCAAACCCGACCGCGAAUUGACACCCAGAGAAAAAAAGCGUGCCGAAAAGAGACAGGCCAGAUUGGAUGAAGAAAAGGCAUACCAAGGUUUGCCUGCCAUCGCUCAAAGCUAUUUUGGCGUCUUUCCUUUACCCGAUGAGUCCCUACCCAUUGUCAAAUUACUCGGUGAAAAUGAAUCCUAUUUGAACCAAAUUCGUGCUGAUUGUAAGGCAUUUUUGUGGUAUGAACUCCCUUCCAAUACCAUUCGCAUUGCCGCAGACGCGUCGGAAAGUGUCAAUGCUGCUAGUAAACGUAUUCGUAACUGGUACAUUCGUUGUUCGAGAAAACCCGAGGGCGGUACUCUUCGUUUAAUGCAACAACCUAAACAUGAGCUCAAGAUCAGUUUUGAAGCAUUACCCCAAGGUUUCCUUACCUAUCAAUAUACCGACCCCGAAAGAGAGAGUAUGAUGAUGGAGAGACACCGUAUUUUAAACAGUACUAGUACGGGUAUCGUAGGUCAAUUGAAUGAUUUGAUUACCUUAUCAGAAGAACACACUCCUGGCCAACUAUCCGCUGUGGCAUCCACAUUGAACGAACGUAAUAAGGUUUUGAUUGAUCAAUAUCUGUCAAAAGGAUUAGAAAGCAUGCGUUUGAAUGAUUGGAACCUCCGUAUGAAGAUUCGCUAUGGACAGAUUUGUUUGAUCGAUUACCCCAAGAAGGAUAAUCAAUUCAUGUCGAUCGAAAUGCUCAGUGACAAGAUUUUCCGAAAGCCUCUCUUCAAAUCUGCUUUGGCUCCUUGUAUCAGCAAAACUAAAAGUGGACUCAACUCUCUUUUUGACUACCUUGGUGAACACGCUGUUGAAUUCUCAGAUAACCCAAGAACUUCCUUCUCCAUCAGUGCCAAACAAUAUCCUACAGCACCACCUCCCCGUGUCUCUGGUCAACGCGAUCCUCCUCGUGGAGAAAUGUGGGAUACUGUGAUGGACAUUUCUUUUACGGAUGAUGGACAUAGAAGAUUAUGGAAUACAAUGACAGACUGUAAUGAUCUUGUUGAUAUCAAUUGUGCUGAUCUCGAAAGUCACUACUCGUGGGAUUUAAGAUUACAACAUGCACGUCGACUUCCAAACGAUGAUAUCAAUUCACCUCAUGAAAAAUUCUCGCAUGCACUUCGUGUCAGUUCUUCUAAUCGUCUUAUCAUGGUCACCUCCAACGAUUAUCAACCUCAGAUUGUCACCCAAAAGACGAAAUGGAGAUAUAGUUGGAACGACUAUGUUGUGGAAAUCUGUAAGGAUGAAAUUUGGAAUUUGAACAACGUCGAAAGAACGGAUCACGAAUUACCUUUGGAUUUGACACCUACAGACCCUCAUCGUACUUUAUUUAAGGUUUCUCUCUAUAAAGAAGCUUGGGUCAACCGUCUUGCUGAGAAUUUGGAUUUGAAAAUUGGAGAGGCUCCAAGCUGGACAUUACGCGAUUUCUUUGCUUCAGAGACUGAAGAUACCCGCACUCUUAUGUGCACUGUGAAAAAAUUUAGUGACAUCCUUAAUUCUUUGGUACCUUUAUACUGGAAAAACGCGGAACAAUCUUUGGUAUAAACCACUUCUUUUUGGCUUGUAUUUACUCUUUUUUUAAUUAAAUAAAAAAAACUGCAUCAUUA